GUGCUCGUCGGCUUGCAAAGGCGAUUGCUUUGGACCGGGCGUGGAAGGCUGCGCAGAGCUGGCAGAGCCCAGCGCCAAGAGCCGACGGCCGCCCGCGACGCUGCUCUUGGAGGAAGGCAACCGGCCCUUCUCCCACAGCUUCGAGGCCUUCCUGCAGCAUUCCGCAGUGUCUACGGGCAUUAAUGUUUCUGACACACUGACUGAUGACGUGUUGGCGUGCCUCGCUGACGGGACGUGCUCCGUCUCUACGCUGGGUCUCACCGAAAGUGACGGGCCGCUGCAGUACAAUG